UGACCUUUCCUUGAGCCUAAAGCGACGACGUCGUCUGGUUUUCUCCUCGACGACGACGACCUCGUUAAGAGGAGAUAAAGAAGUAUAUCCGUUAUACCUUGUCGUUACAUGAUCGAACAAAAAUCCACAUUUAUCUUGUCGCUGCUUACGUUCGAUCACGAGGCUAAAGAAUUUUGAUCUCUGCAAACGCUUCGUAACUAUAAUUAGCCUUUCACGAACACUAUGAUCGAAUUCUGAGUUCGAGUUUUAGAGCUUCGAAAAUUCGAUGCGAAUGCAAGGGAUUUGGUGCGGGUUAGGGUUCUUCAAACGGAUUUGAGGGGAAGAAGAUGUGAUUCGUGAAGUGAAUUGGGAGAAAUUGAGUGUGGAUUUCUGAAAAUUUCGACUUUAAGUGGGGGGGUUCUAUCAGAUGCUUUCGGUUCGCGGGAAAGCAAGGUGGAAGUUGCAGACUUGUGUAGUUUGAUUUCAGAGGGUAAGAGAAAAAUCACGCGAGAAGCACAGAAGGAAGAAUGGCAACUCCAGUUGAGCCACCAAAUGGAGUUAUGAUUCAUGGGAAGCAUUAUUACUCCAUGUGGCAAACAUUAUUUGAGAUUGAUACAAAAUAUGUGCCCAUAAAGCCAAUUGGUCGAGGAGCCUAUGGUAUUGUAUGUUCUUCUGUAAAUCGGGAGACCAACGAGAAGGUUGCUAUUAAAAAGAUACAUAAUGUUUUUGAGAAUCGCACUGAUGCUCUAAGAACUCUGCGUGAAGUGAAGCUACUUCGGCAUCUUCGUCAUGAAAAUGUGAUUGCUUUGAAAGAUGUAAUGAUGCCUAUCCAUAGGAGAAGUUUCAAGGAUGUCUAUCUGGUUUAUGAACUCAUGGAUACUGAUCUGCAUCAGAUUAUCAAAUCUUCUCAACUUCUGAGCAAUGAUCACUGCCAAUAUUUCCUUUUCCAGCUGCUUCGAGGUCUUAAUUAUCUUCACUCAGCAAAUAUUCUCCACCGUGACUUGAAGCCUGGGAACCUUCUUGUGAAUGCAAACUGUGACCUGAAAAUAUGUGAUUUUGGGCUGGCACGCACUAGCACAGGCAAGGGCCAAUUCAUGACUGAGUAUGUUGUCACUCGCUGGUAUCGAGCCCCAGAACUCCUCCUUUGCUGUGACGAUUAUGGAACAUCAAUUGAUGUGUGGUCUGUUGGAUGCAUCUUUGCUGAACUUCUUGGCCGAAAGCCUAUCUUCCCUGGUACAGAGUGUCUGAACCAGCUCAAGCUUAUCAUCAACAUCCUUGGCAGCCAGAGACAAGAGGAUCUCGAAUUUAUUGAUAACCCAAAGGCAAGAAAUUACAUCAAAACACUCCCAUAUUCUGCCGGUUCCCCGUUUUCCGGUCUUUACCCUAAUGCCCAUCCUAUGGCGAUUGAUUUGCUGCAAAAGAUGCUUGUUUUUGAUCCGUCGAAGCGGAUUAGUGUGACAGAAGCACUCCAACAUCCUUACAUGUCUGCACUGUAUGAUCCCAAUUGUGAUCCCUCAGCUCAAGUGCCGAUUGAUCUUGACAUAGAUGAUGAUUUGGAUGAAGAAAUGACAAGGGAGAUGAUGUGGAAGGAAGUUCUCUGCUAUCAUCCUGAAGCUGCUGCGGCCAAUGUGGGGUCAUGCUCCUAAUCCUUUUGUUUAUGAACUCUGCAGUGGGGCAUUGAGUGGCUGUUUUUCUUGAAGGGAAGUCCUUUAAGCUAGUUUUUGGCUUCUUCUCAUUUUAAAGAGCCUUCUAGUUUAUUUAUGCUUCCCUGCUUAUUCGCUUAAAAUAAAGUAAAAUGGCAUGCGUUGGCCACUAGCUGCUAAUACAUGCAGCAACUAACUUUGUUGUGAGAACGUGUUCAUAAGUUUAAGCUCUGUAUGAAAUGAACAAGUACGAUCUGUACAUACUUGCUGCUGUAAUGUCUGGAACAUCUGUUCCUUGUAAAUUAUGUACGAGACAAUAUUACUCUUACCAUGGAAGUUUAUGAGAAUAAUCUCUUCAUUUUCUAGCA